CUUACCUGUUCAUCUCUCUCCCGUUCUUCUUUCUCGCGACACAUGCCCUCCCACCCAAAACCCAUCUUUGUCUCUAUAUAGCUCUCUCUCUCUCUCUCUCAUGACCCUUCUCAAACCCUAGCUCUCUUCUUCAUGAUCUUAACACGAUCACAAUCCCAAAUCCCCACCCACCCGCCAAACUCUUCUUCAUGGGGAGAAACCGAACCACCCACCUCACUUCCUCCCCUCGCCGCUGCCUGAUUGCCGGACACUACUGCCAUGACGUUCUCAUCCGCGACGGCGUCGUUUUGGCCGAGACCCUCGGCGGCGCAGCUUCGUUUAUCUCCCACGUCUUCGAUGGCGUGUCCGUCACUUACAAUCUGGUGUCCAAAGUCGGGCCGGAUUUCGCUUACUCGGUCCACCGCGACCCGAUUGUGGUGCCCGAUUCCCGGACAACUCUGUUCCACGCGCAUUUUGAUUCCGGAAUCCACGGGGAGGGGCAGCAGGACCGGGUCCUGAAGCGGGUAAAUGCCUGCGACCCGAUUCGGCCCUCGGAUCUGCCCGAUUCCAGGUUUGAUUUCGGAAUGGUGGUUGGGGUUGGUGGCGAGAUUACGGUGGAGACGGUUGAGAAGCUGGUGGAGAUUUGUGGCACUGUGUUUGUGGACAUUCAGGCUCUGAUUCGGGUUUUUGAUGAGGUUGAUGGGUCUGUGAGGCUUGUGGGUUUGAAAGAGAGUGGGUUCUGUCACCUCUUGCCGAGAAUUGGGUUUAUAAAGGCGUCGGCGGAGGAGGCUCUGUAUAUGGACGUGGAGGAGGUCAGGAAGGUGUGCUGUGUUGUGGUGACGAAUGGGAAACGUGGGUGUAGAGUGUGUUGGAGAGAUGGGGAAGUGGAAGUUGGGCCGUUUCCGACGACCCAGGUGGAUCCAACUGGUGCUGGAGAUAGUUUUCUUGGUGGGUUUGUUGCGGGGCUUGUUAAUGGGUUGGCUGUGCCUGAUGCUGCAUUGCUUGGGAACUUGUUUGGGUCACUGACUGUGGGGCAAAUCGGACUGCCCAAGUUCGACUUGAGGAUGUUACAGAGAGUUCAGGAAGAGGUGCAGAAGAGAAAGGUACAGUGUCUCAGCUGGCACGAGAGAAUAGACGAGAAGUUCAGGUUUAUGAAUGUAGCAGGACAUGAACAAUUUCAUGAAUCCCUCAUAGCAGCUAAACAGAUACCAAGGUGCCUUCCUCUUGAAUGUGAAUGGGAUCUGCCAAGUUCUCCUUCCAGACCAGUGGAGCAGGGUUUGGGCGUCCUCCCCCAUUUCGCAACACAGCCAAAACUUCUACAUGAUUCCGUCUAUGAGGAGCCAAUUCGAACAGUGGACCUUAAACCAUGAAUUCUGAUAAGAGUAGUAUCAAACAUCCUCCCUCGUCUCUUUUUUUCUGUAUCAAAUAAUGCCUACUGUAGAAAUGUACUUGCGUAGCGCAAUUGCAGCCUGUAUGCCCCUCCGAAUGGCAAAGGGUGGCUUGAAAACUUUGCUUUGAUCAGAAAGGACAGGAAUUCCUUUCACUAAAGGAAUUCCACACUGUUAGCCUAUCACAAGAUUCCUCACGUCCCAGAACAUACUAGGUUGACAAGCUCUGAUUUCAUGCAAUAGAUUAGGAUACGCGUUAGCCAAU